AGGCCGCUCCCACCGCCCCGUCCGGCCCCCGGGCGGAGCCGGCGCCGAGCGCGGAGCCGAGCGGGGCCGAGCGGGACGGCGCGGGGCCGGGGCCGGGCUGCGGGAUGCCGGGCUACGACUACAAGCUGCUGGAGCGGCCGCGGCGGCGGGUGCUGUGCCCGCUCUGCGGGAAGCCCAUGCGGGAGCCCGUCCGCGUCUCCACCUGCGGCCACCGCUUCUGCGACACCUGCCUGCAGGAGUUCCUCAGCGAAGGCGUUUUCAAGUGCCCAGAGGACCAGUUGCCCCUGGAUUAUGCCAAGAUCUACCCCGACCCGGAGCUGGAGGCGCAGGUGCUGAGCCUGGCCAUCCGCUGCAUCCACAGCGAGGAGGGCUGCCGCUGGAACGGGCUCAUCAAGCACCUCCAGGCCCAUCUUGGCACCUGCGGCUUCAACGUCAUCCCGUGCCCCAACCGGUGCAGCACCAAGCUGAGCCGCCGCGACCUGCCCGAGCACGUCCAGCACGGCUGCCCCAAGCGCCGGGUCAAGUGCGAGUUCUGCGCCAGCGACUUCACCGGGGAGGCCUUCGAGAGCCACCAGGGCACGUGUCCCCAGGAGAGCGUGUACUGCGAGAACAAGUGCGGGGCCCGCAUGAUGCGGCGCCUGCUGUCCCAGCACGCCCUGGCCGAGUGCCCCAAGCGCACCCAGCCCUGCACCUACUGCACCAAGGAGUUCGUCUUUGACACCAUCCAGAACCACCAGUACCAGUGUCCGCGGUACCCCAUGCCCUGCCCCAACCAGUGCGGGACGCCCAGCAUCGCCCGGGAGGACAUGCCCACCCACCUCAAGGAGAGCUGCAACACUGCCAUGCUGCUGUGCCCCUUCAAGGAAGCUGGCUGCAAGCACCGGUGCCCCAAGCUGGCCAUGGGCCGGCACCUGGAGGAGAGCACCAAGGCCCACCUGGGGAUGGUGUGCGCCCUGGUGAGCCGGCAGCGGCAGGAGAUCCUCGAGCUGCGGCGGGACGUGGAGGAGCUGUCGGUGAGCAGCGACGGGACCCUCAUCUGGAAGAUCGCCGACUACGCCCGCAAGCUGCAGGAGGCCAAAGCCCGCAGCAACUACGAGUUCUUCAGCCCCCCUUUCUACACCCACAAGUACGGCUACAAGCUCCAGGUCUCGGCUUUCCUCAACGGCAACGGGAGCGGGGAGAGCAGCCACCUCUCCGUCUACAUCCGCGUGCUGCCGGGCGAGUACGACAACCUGCUGGAGUGGCCCUUCUCCUACCGCGUCACCUUCUCCUUGCUGGACCAGAGUGACCCCUCGCUCUCCAAGCCCCAGCACAUCACCGAGACCUUCCACCCUGAUCCCAACUGGAAAAACUUCCAGAAGCCGGGGGCUUCGCGCAGCUCCCUGGAUGAGAGCACCCUGGGCUUCGGCUACCCCAAGUUCAUCUCCCACGAGGACAUCAAGAAGCGGAACUACGUGCGGGACAACGCCAUCUUCAUCAAAGCCUCGGUGGAGAUCCCCCAGAAGAUCCUGGCCUGAGCCCCGCUGCCCCGGGGGGACAGGACCCGAGCCGGGCGCCCACCCUGGGGUACCCCACAUGGUGCUGAGCCCCUGCCCGCAGCCGGUGCCCCCGGCCCGGGGAUGCCGCCGUGGCCGCAGCCGCUGGCUCUCAGGUAGGCAGGGGCUGGGGCUGCCCCUUUCCAUGUCCCUCCCGGGGCUGGGACCCCGCUGCAGCCCCAGCUGCCCCCCCCCAGAGCAGCCCCUUCUCAGGUGCCCAGGUGUGCCGAGGGGGCUGGGCCCCCCACGCCUCUCACCGGGGCGCCCGGCCGCCCCCGCCAGCCUCGCUGGGGACCCUGCGGGACCCCACUGCCCAGAGCCAUAUUUUGUAAGCUGGUGCCCCCCGGGAGCACGGUUGUUAUUUAUUACCCCGGGCCGGGGCCUGCUGCCCCCUCCCCACCUCUUUUUUUUUUUUCAAUAAAGUUUUCUUGUAUUUAUUA